GUGUGAGAGUGCGUGGGACGUGCAAGCAAUUGAUGCAGCCAGUGUGAGAUGGGUGGAGUCGGCGUCACGGCGGCGUAUAAGAGCACUUUGGAAGUAGAUCUGCUCAACUCAUACAACAAAUUACUACCACCUUGUGCACUACUGUUCCUUAACUUUGUUCAACCCCAAUCAUUCAUUAUGAUCUGUAUCAUCCAUCCUUCACGAGAUACACUUGAAUUCAUGUGUCGACAGUCACUGAGAUUCGCCAAAUUGCGCUUAUCGCGACCUUCACAGCCGAAGCAUCUAAGCAGGCACAACAUUGACUCGUCGCAAACUACUUGACAACCAUGUCCUUAGCUGCAGCUACCAGGACGGACUUUGCAAAACGGUUGGACAUUUGUGUGAGACCCAUGCUGCUCGUUGCCUGAAUCGCAGUCGACUUUCGCUUCUCUCCAAGCAAUGCUGUUUCGAACGUUACACCUAAUUCGAUAUUGUCGAAGCCAGCGGACGCGGUCACUCAACCAGCACACGGUCUAUCCGAUUUUAAUUAUUCUCGAACCUCUGUGCUUUUACAAACUAUUGUUGCUUUUUGACACCAGACGAAGUUCAAAUGUAUUUUUCAUCGAUUUGACAUGCAUUUGAAUUCAUUUGCUUUCAAAAGCAGUGUCUCACCAGAAUCGAGGUUUUGCGGGUAUCCACAUAUUCUGUUAAGGGCUCAUCGAAAAGGCUAUUGUUUAAGUUCAACUCUAUUCGCCUAUUUACCUCAAAAGAACACUUAAGGUGGCCUACGCUAGCCGACUCGGCGCUUUCCCCGUUCUUGUUUCAACACGCCCAUCCAGGUGACGUCCUCUCGUUUACAUGUAAGAACCUCCGGCGUAGGCUUGUGUAGGAAAGCAUACCUCGUCCAAGUUGCCUCCGCGGGGCCUCAAAAGAGCGGAUUUCUUGCUAGGCUUAAGCGAAUUUGAACUAGCAUAGGAUUCAGCAGGGCCGAAAAGACUUGCGAUAUGUAAAUACCCC